AUGAGCGAAACCGCAAGGCAGCCGGUUGAAGUCAAGCAGGAGGUGGUCGACGAUGACAAUGAUCUAUUGGCUGGAAUGGACACUGGAACGAGUUUGGAUAUGGCGGUGAACGUCGUCGCCGAAUCCGAACAACGAAAUCUGGAGAAACGAACGAGAAGCUCCGAGGAGAAGUCGGCAACGCCGGAGCCAGAAGAGCCGAAGCCAAAGAAGCGCGGAAGGAAGCCGAAAAUUUCGGCAAAUGAUGAUGCUGACUGGCAGCCCGGCAAAAAGAAGCCGGAACUUAAGACAUUCGGAAUGUCUUCAAGACCGCGAAGAUCUGUGAAUUAUGCUAGUCUUGCGGAUGAUCCGAUUCCAGAAGAGUUAGAGGAAGCCGAAGGGCCGAAGAGAAAGCGAAAGAUUAAAGAUGAGGAUUUGGACUUUUCGAAAAUUCUCGCGGCUCCCUAUCCGCCGAAAACUCGAAAGUUCCGCGCGUUUCCCGACGAGGAUCUCACUUUUGAUAUCGAAUCGCGCAUUUUGCAAGCAAUCCCUUCGCCUUCUGUGGAGCGGCCGGUACCCGAGCAGCGAAAAUUGCUUGCUGAUGUCGACAACUAUCAUGCGGUUCGACGAGGUUCGGCUGGAUACCGACGAUUCGUCGCUUAUAUCAAUGAUUCUCAAUUCGACGGACUUAAUAAUGCUGUUGUUAAUUAUUUUGAGGCGAAACCAGAGCCUCUUAUUGCAAUGAAGGCAAAAGUUUUGAGACAUCUGUGGAAUAUGAUGCCAAUAAUGCAACGAAAAGAAUGGGAGAAAAAGGCAAGAGACGACGCGUUCCAAUCAUUCAAAUUGAUUGGACUUCUCGUUCUUCCGCCAUGCGAAUUUCCUCUUGAAUCCACAUUGGAAAAAAAAAUUCGCCAUCCAAGAAAUCUACAAACUUCGAUAGCAAAUUGCGAUUGCUGCGAAUUGAGGCCAACAUUUUACAAUGUGCGCGAUAUGGUUUCUCAUUUCACCCGAUAUCACGAUGCGGUGCACUUCUACGGUUGCCAUUUGUGCCUUCGAAUGUUCCCAACUCAAACGCAAUGGAUCAAUCAUUCGUGUCAAGCGUUCAGCUCGUAUCUUCUUGAAAAUGCGAUCAAUUCGAGUCUCACCGAGAUGAAGUUCGCGCUAGUUUAUUUGUCGUGCAGCGAUUGCGGAAUUUGGAUUCCGUUGAGAGUUUCGUCGCACGCUGAAAAAUUCUGGACGUUUUUGAACGCUGUUGUGUAUGCGCAUAAUUGUGGAACAUUGGUGCCGGUGAUCAUUUAUUUGGCGCGUGAAAUUCCCGGUGAAGGUGUUAAUAAGAAAAUGACAUUUCCAGUAUAUCCAAGAAUCAAUUGUGAAAUCCCACUGUGUUGCAAUGAAUGCAAUAUAGCCGAUUUUCCGAAUGUCGCUGCUAUCGAAGCUCAUUUUAAGAACGAACAUCCGGAAAAUCUGAAACGAUGCACAAGAUGUGAUGAGAAAUUUGGCACUGAUUUGGCGUUCCGAUUCCAUUUGACUCAUCAUUUUGGUGAAUCAUUGAUGAUCGCGAAUUACUUGAAGUACUCGGCGACUUAUCACCCGCCUCCAACAUCCGAACGACUUCUUCAUUAUGGAUUCAAAAAGGAGAACGUGCUCGUCGGCGGUGUCACCGAAUUGCCGAAAGUGCCGAAAAACAUCACGGCCGAUUAUGUUCAGCCGGACGAGAACACGAUUCGAGCAAAAUUCAAAAAUAGUUUGAAUGAUGAGCAACGAGAUGCCGGAAUGGCUUCGAAUUCGCAAAAUCGUAAUAAGCGAACAGAUCGCGGCUACGAGUUUUUCGACUAUUCUGAAUUUAAUAUGGAUGAUGAUGAGAUUGAAGCGGCGAAGAGAAUUGAGGAAAUUAUUCAGAAAACGGGUGAUGUGGAAUUGAUUGAAACUGGCGAUAAAAUAUUGGAGCCAAAGAAAAUAAUAGAAUUAUUGAAAGACGGCAAGGCGCGAGAAGAAUGGUCAUUGGAGAAUUGUACGGAUGUUAUGGCUGAAGACAUUGCCCGAUCGUUUACCAAAGAAGUUCAUGUGCCGGUUUCGGGUUGCACGGACCCGCUCAAAGAUUUUCUUUUGGUGAACAGAAUAUACGAGUAUUGUGGAAAAUGUGAAACCCUCUUUUAUACGGAUCGAGCUGAUCAUGUUAAACAAUGCGACUGCGAUAAUGCGAGUUAUUGA